AUGGCUUCCACAGGCCUGACCACACGCGAUGUCAAUGUACUGGAAAAGAUUAAGGACCCUGAAUACGAUCCUUCGACCAACGUCAUGCUCGACCCAUCCCUUCCCCGCGACCCUAACAUCACCGACACGUAUAUCUAUGAACGUGUCAUCCAGAAGGAACGCGAAAUUGUUCUGUCCAUGCAGCAGCUCGAACUCCAGUUGGCGGGAUUGAGACCCAAAACUGUGACCGAUCCUGUGCAGGAGUACAAGAACCUCCUCUCGCAGCUUAACAGCUUCAUUGACGAAUACCCAAACUACGCCAGUGCGAGAAACAACCGCGUACAGGCCUUGAGACGCCUAUAUGGUGACACAAUGCUGUUGGCAGGAUCGCCGACUGCGUCUCAACGACUCAUCGAAAACUACGAGCCAGCUGAAUCAAUACAGUAUGCUAAGAUGGCGCUAGAAGAUACCGAAAGGUCAAUUGCCCUCCUUACGCCACGCACCAUGUUUGGUGCCAUGUCGCCGCAGGCCGCCAAGACACUUUCUCUCGCAUACACCCAGCGGGCCGCCAUCUACUACACGACGGCCAAGCUGAUGGACACGCACGCGGUGCAGGUUGACGAAGCCCGACGCGAGGCGAGAUGGACUAAGCUCGAGUUCGAGGAGGCGGCCUCGCACGACUUUGCCUGUGGCGGGAGGUUUGGUAACGAGAUUGCCAAGGGGCUGGCGGUGAGCACGAAUCCGACGGCGAAGUUGUGCGGGCAGAUGGUUCGCGAGGCAAUGAAGAAGGAGUACGGGGCAUCGUAUGCGGAGUGA